AUGUCUCUCCUUUACAGAUGGUUUGGCCCUCUAUACGAUGCCUUCCUAUGCCCAUCACUACCUUUCACCAUUCGCUGGCGUCUGGUGGCCCUCCAACCUAUUGUCUUCCUCACAAACGCUGUCCAAACUUUUCGAGGAGCCGCGUUGUUCUCUAAAGACCAUUAUACUGUCAUCUGGAUUCCACUAAAACGUGCACCAGGCCACUCCGUUCGCGCUAUCCUAUAUCAUCCUCCAGAGGGAGGAAUGCAGAGCAAACGAAGGGCUCUUCAUCUCAACAUCCACGGCGGCGGAUUUAUAGGUGGUCUACCGGAAGCGAAUGCACAGUUUUGUCGAAGAGUGGCGACAGAGACUGGAGCAGUGGUGAUUUCAACAUCACACCGUUAUGCACCACGGUAUACCUUCCCGGCUGCGCAUGAGGACGUCCAAGAUGUAGCAGAGUGGUUGAUCCAGAAUGCCGAGAGACUUUGGGGUGCGGAUCCAAGACUGAUGAGCGUAAGCGGGUUUUCGGCUGGUGGAAACCUGGCAUUAGGGGUUGCGCAGUGGUUAGCUCAGUCAGAAUUUUGUGUCAAGGCGUCGGUGACGUUUUAUGCACCAGUCGAUCUGCGGUUACCGCCGUGGGAGAAGCCGAAGCCAGCCAAUUUUCCAGAAAAGGAUCCCCUAGCUUUUAUCUUGCCAUUGAUGGACGCGUAUGCGGGUCCAGAGCGAGAGAAGUACCGAGAGAAUCCAUUGCUACAUCCCAUUCUGGCAGAUAUUGAGUCUCUGCCGCGAAAUAUGCUGUUUGUCGGUGCGAAGAUUGAUAUCCUUCUGCAUGAGCAAACAGUCUUUGUGGAUAGAUUAGAAAAGGAGGCUGCGGCAAUUAACCACAGGAUUAAACUUUCAAGCAAUUUACCACGAGGAAAUCUCUCCGAUCAGGCAUUAGAAAUGUCUGCAAAGCAAGACUGGCCCAUGGCUGCUAAAGAAUCUUACUAUAUCGACAGCAUGUUCUUCGAUUGCCUCCAUGGAUGGCUCGAACAGGAAUAUACUACCGAUACCAUUAUCAAGGAGGUGUAUAAGAUUACCAAAGUGCUGACUGUAUUCAUGGGGAAGGGAAAUAACAGCCUUGUGGACCGGACGUUCUCCCUGAAGUUAGUAACGGAUAAGAAUCCUGGCGAUGAUAAGAACGCCGAGAAGAAUUCGGCCAAACACAUUCAGAGCAGCCUGCUUGCUGCCUGUCUGGCUGUUAUGCUAGCUGUGAUGUUAACAACGAAGUAG